UUUGGUUAUCACAAUUUAGAAAACAAUAAAUUUACAAGUGCAGAUUAAAUUUACAAGAGCAAAAUGCCCGCCGAAAUGGCUAUUGAUUCAUUAAGCGAUAGUUUGCCGGAGGUUGUUUUCAGAAGAAAGAACAUCGCUUUAUUUAAGAAAUUAGCAAAAACAACUCAUUUUAACUUGAGAGAAGUCGAAGCGUUAGCCGUCAUACAUAGAAAAAUAACACAAACUUUGGGUCCCAUAACGAGAUCAGUGUUCAGAGAUGUGAUGCAUUCUGCUUUGGAUUUUACUGAAAAUAUUCGACAUUUGUACAUUGACAGAAUCUUCGGCGCUUUUGACAAAAACAAUGUUCUACAAAUUCACUUAGAGGACUGGAUUGAAGGACUGUCCGUAAUUCUUCGUGGCGAUUUAAAUGAGAAAAUACAUUUUGCUUUUAAAAUAUACGAUUUUAUGCACACGAACAAAUUGAAGAAGGAGCAAAUAUUCCCUUCAAUGCGAGGUUGUUUGAUUAAACUGCCAACAGACGAAGAUCCCGACGAAGGUGUAAAGGAUUUGAUUGAUUCACUGAUGAAAAAACUCGACAUCGAUCGCGACGGUGUGAUAUCCGAGGAAGAAUUUCACAGAGCCGUAAAAGAAAGAAAUUUACUGCUGCUGGAAUGUAUGGGACCGGUGUUCCCGUCUCGAGUGGCGCGAUGGGCAUUUCUUAACACGUUUACAGAUCGGCUCGGACGAUUUUGACGACUUCGUGCGUUUUUCUUUUUUUUUUUUAACGAAAUAAAUAAUUCAUUCUCGUAUAACCAUUGUGUAUUCACAUCAACACUGUAAUCCUCUUCGUUUCUCUUUUGCCAA